AUGUCUUUUUGUUGUCUUCCUUCUCCACCCUCCAUAAUGAAUUUGUUUCUAAUGGGUCGUCGCUUUCUGUAGAUAGUGUGUUCGAAUCACAAACCUCGAAUGUGAAGUGAACUUUGAGUAUAUGGACUACAAGUCCUUGACAAAGCGGUGCAAAGGUCCAGCAUUUCCAGCCAAAGAAUGUUGCUCUGCGUUUAAAGAGUUUGCAUGUCCUUACGUGAGUGAGAUCAACAACAUGAAUAGUGAUUGUGCACAGACAAUGUUCAGCUACAUGAAUAUUUACGGAAACUAUCCUCCUGGUCUUUUCGCUAACGAAUGCAGAGAAAGGAAAGAUGGACUUGUUUGCCCUUUAUCACCUCUCUAUUCACCUAACCUAAACGCUUCAACCGCUGAUUCGACCCCUCCUCGUUUCAUCUCGCUGUUGAUCUCUGCUGCGACCACUGUCUUGGCUUUGUUAGUGGUGACUUGAUCAAUCGAAGGAAAUUGAAAGAGCUAAAGAGUGAUUGCGUUUUGAUACCAUAUUAGCUAACAAACUAGAUGGAAUUAU